GCUCCUUCCCCGGAACAGCGGCCUCUGACACCAGCACAGCAAACCCGCUGGGAUCAAAGUGUACCAGUCGGCAGCAUGGGUCAUGUGUCUCCAGCUCUUCCCAGCACAACCUCACCCUCCUCAGGGCUCUGAGGGGGCGGAGAGGACAGGCCAGAGCGAUGAGGCUGGAGUGGGGACCUAGGCCAGCCGCACUGCCGUGGCCCGCUGGGAUGUGUGCUGCAGGACGUGCGGAGGGAGCCUUCACCCUCCAGAGCGUGGCCCAGCCAAUGCGCCCCAUUGCUUCCACAGCUACGAAAUGUGGGAACUGUGGACCCGGCUACUCCACCCCUCUGGAGGCCAUGAAAGGACCCAGGGAAGAGAUCGUCUACCUGCCCUGCAUUUACCGAAACACAGGCACUGAGGCCCCAGAUUAUCUGGCCACUGUGGAUGUUGACCCCAAGUCUCCCCAGUAUUGCCAGGUCAUCCACCGGCUGCCCAUGCCCAACCUGAAGGACGAGCUGCAUCACUCAGGAUGGAACACCUGCAGCAGCUGCUUCGGUGAUAGCACCAAGUCGCGCACCAAGCUGGUGCUGCCCAGUCUCAUCUCCUCUCGUAUCUAUGUGGUGGACGUGGGCUCUGAGCCCCGGGCCCCAAAGCUGCACAAGGUCAUUGAGCCCGAGGACAUCCAUGCCAAGUGCGAACUGGCCUUUCUCCACACCAGCCACUGCCUGGCCAGCGGGGAAGUGAUGAUCAGCUCCCUGGGAGACGUCAAGGGCAAUGGCAAAGGGGGUUUUGUGCUGCUGGAUGGGGAGACGUUCGAGGUGAAGGGGACGUGGGAGAGACCUGGGGGUGCUGCACCGUCGGGCUAUGACUUCUGGUACCAGCCUCGACACAAUGUCAUGAUCAGCACUGAGUGGGCAGCUCCCAAUGUCUUACGAGAUGGCUUCAACCCCGCUGAUGUGGAGGCUGGACUGUACGGGAGCCACUUAUAUGUAUGGGACUGGCAGCACCAUGAGAUUGUGCAGACCCUGUCUCUAAAAGAUGGGCUUAUUCCCUUGGAGAUCCGCUUCCUGCACAACCCAGACGCUGCCCAAGGCUUUGUGGGCUGCGCACUCAGCUCCACCAUCCAGCGCUUCUACAAGAACGAGGGAGGUACAUGGUCAGUGGAGAAGGUGAUCCAGGUGCCCCCCAAGAAAGUGAAGGGCUGGCUGCUGCCCGAAAUGCCAGGCCUGAUCACCGACAUCCUACUCUCCCUGGACGACCGCUUCCUCUACUUCAGCAACUGGCUGCAUGGGGACCUGAGGCAGUAUGACAUCUCUGACCCACAGAGACCCCGCCUCACAGGACAGCUCUUCCUCGGAGGCAGCAUUGUUAAGGGAGGCCCUGUGCAAGUGCUGGAGGACCAGGAACUAAAGUCCCAGCCAGAGCCCCUAGUGGUCAAGGGAAAACGGGUGGCUGGAGGCCCUCAGAUGAUCCAGCUCAGCCUGGAUGGGAAGCGCCUCUAUAUCACCACGUCACUGUACAGUGCCUGGGACAAGCAGUUUUACCCUGAUCUCAUCAGGGAAGGCUCUGUGAUGCUGCAGGUUGAUGUAGACACAGUAAAAGGAGGGCUGAAGUUGAACCCCAACUUCCUGGUGGACUUCGGGAAGGAGCCCCUUGGCCCAGCCCUUGCCCAUGAGCUCCGCUACCCUGGGGGCGAUUGUAGCUCUGACAUCUGGAUUUGAACUCCACCCUCAUCACCCACACUCCCUAUUUUGGGCCCUCACUUCCUUGGGGACCUGGCUUCAUUCUGCUCUCUCUUGGCACCCGACCCUUGGCAGCAUGUACCACACAGCCAAGCUGAGACUGUGGCAAUGUGUUGAGUCAUAUACCUUUACUCACCACUGUUGCUUGUUGCUCACUGUGCUGCUUUUCCAUGAGCUCUUGGAGGCACCAAGAAAUAAACUGGCAACCCUGUCCUUCA